GCUCCGGACGCGGGGCGAGCGGCCGCGGUGAAGCGCCGAGGGCGGCGCGGGCGCAGCGGCCAUGGGCGCCCUGACAAGCCGGCAGCACGCGGGCGUGGAGGAGGUGGACAUCCCGUCCAAUUCCGUGUACCGCUACCCGCCCAAGUCCGGAAGCUAUUUCGCCAGCCACUUCAUCAUGGGAGGAGAGAAGUUUGACUCCACUCACCCUGAAGGUUACCUGUUUGGAGAGAACAGCGAUCUGAACUUUCUGGGGAACAGGCCAGUAGCGUUUCCUUAUGCUGCCCCACCUCCCCAAGAACCAGUGAAGACCCUGAGAAGCCUGAUCAACAUCCGAAAGGACACACUAAGACUCGUCAAAUGCAGUGAGGAAGUGAAGACCCCUGGGGAAGAGGCCAGCAAAGCUAAAGUCCAUUACAAUGUGGAGUUCACCUUUGACACUGACGCCCGGGUGGCCAUCACCAUCUACUAUCAGGCCACCGAGGAGUUCCAGAAUGGAAUUGCCAGCUACAUCCCCAAAGAUAACAGCCUACAGUCGGAGACGGUGCACUACAAGCGAGGGGUGUGCCAGCAGUUCUGCCUGCCCUCCCACACUGUGGACCCCUCAGAGUGGGCUGAAGAGGAGCUUGGCUUCGAUCUGGACCGAGAGGUUUACCCUUUGGUGGUCCAUGCUGUGGUGGACGAAGGAGAUGAGUAUUUUGGCCACUGCCACGUACUGCUGGGCACUUUUGAAAAGCACACAGAUGGGACUUUCUGUGUCAAGCCUCUCAAACAGAAACAAGUAGUAGAUGGGGUCAGCUACCUCCUUCAGGAGAUCUAUGGAAUUGAAAACAAGUACAACACACAAGAUUCCAAGGUAGCUGAGGACGAAGUCAGCGAUAACAGUGCCGAGUGUGUGGUGUGUCUCUCGGACGUCCGGGACACCUUGAUUCUGCCCUGUCGCCACCUCUGCCUGUGUAAUACCUGUGCAGACACCCUGCGCUAUCAGGCCAACAACUGCCCCAUCUGCCGACUGCCCUUCCGGGCACUGCUUCAGAUCCGAGCCAUGAGGAAAAAAUUGGGCCCCUUGUCCCCAACCAGCUUUAACCCCAUCAUCUCAUCCCAGACGUCUGACUCGGAGGAGCAUUCAAAGCUGUUUUUGACAGACUCCCCCACAACCCCCACCCCAGACCAGUCCUCCGAGAACAUUCCGCCAGGCUAUGAAGUCGUGUCGCUCCUGGAGGCCCUCAAUGGGCCUCUCACCCCAUCCCCAGCUGUCCCUCCACUCCGCGUGCUUGGAGAUGGCCACCUCUCAGGAAUGCUGCCUGCGUAUGGCAGCGACGGCCAUCUGCCCCCCGUCAGGACACUCUCCCCGCUGGACCGCCUGUCUGACUGCAGCAGCAGCCAAGGACUCAAGCUCAAAAGAAGCCUGUCCAAGUCCCUGUCCCAGAACUCGUCUGUGCUGCACGAAGAAGGCGAUGAGCGCUCUUGCAGCGAAUCGGAGACGCCCCUCUCUCGGAGGCCAUCAGCUCAGCAGCUUGGACAGGAAUGUGGCGUCACUCCAGACAGCGAGAACCUUACCUUGUCCUCAUCAGGCCCUACUGACCAGUCGUCUUGCACAGGGACGCCUCUUUCCUCCACGAUUUCCUCCCCAGAAGACCCUGCCAGCAGCAGCCUGGCCCAGUCGGUCAUGUCCAUGGUGUCCUCCCAGAGCCAGCACUCACAGAUCAGCGCCGACACGGUCUCCUCCAUGUCCGGCUCCUACAUCGCCCCCGGCACUGAAGAGGACGGAGAGGCUCUCCCUUCCCCGCAGGCGGCCAGCAGGGCCCCCUCAGACGAAGGAGAGGUGAUGUCAGCGGCGUCUCCAGACAGCAACUUUAUCGGCCUCGCAGAAGAGCAGGAUGCAGAGGGAAACGAUGUCCUAGAGGAAGAGGACGGAUCGCCCACACAAGAAGAUGGCCAGAGGACAUGCGCAUUUCUAGGUAUGGAGUGUGACAAUAACAAUGACUUUGACAUCGCAAGCGUGAAAGCACUGGACAAUAAGCUGUGCUCUGAGGUCUGCUUACCCGGGACCUGGCAAGCAGAUGACAACGUGGUCAGCCGUCGCAACACACAGCACCGGCGCUUAUCAUCCAGCAGCCUGGAGGACGCAGAGAACAGGCCCUGCGUAUGGGGCCCUUUGGCUGUCUGAGAGCCCCCGCCCCCGUCGCAGGGCUGCCUUCCUGUCCCCGCGGUCCAGCCUGGCCUCACUGGACCCCUGGCCUCCUGGGCACCCUCAGCAGGACGCAUGGAGACUGGUAUCCCCAUGUGCCAGCCAGACACUGAGGUUAGCCUGCUCCUCCCAGCCUCCUCUCCUUCCAGAACCAUGACCCCGCCCCUCUCAGAAGGAACUGGAAACCUCUUUCCUCCUUGUGGGCUGAAACCACUUGAUGAACUGCGGCUCAUGAGACCCUUUGCAGAGAUGCUCUGGAGUUUUCCCACCAUAUCUGGGUGAAGCCCAAGUCCACAGGCUGAUUGUGCAUCUUUUUCCUUCUUAGGGGUUAGACCAAGAUGACUUGGAGUUUUAGUGGCUUCAUCACAGACACCCAUCUGACAUUUUCUGGGUUUUGGGACAUCUUAACCAAUUUGAAACCUCCAGUUGCGGGCGGAGUUUGGGGGGAUGACUCCUGUGAGAAGGGAAAGCCAUAUUGCACUGUAAGCAGAGGUUCCCUCAAAAAGCAUUAGGAGCUCCUUGCUGAAGGACAAGGGACAUGGUGACAAACAAAAGGUUGGUUGCAAAGACAGUUCUUCCUUCUGGCAGCCAAGCACGUCUCCUGUGCCUUGUGUGUCUGUGUGCUUAGGAAGGCGGCCUUGAACCUGAGAAUUCCCCCCAUUAAACAAUUACCCACAGGAGGUUUUCUUAGGAGCAGGUGCAUUCGUGAAGGCCUGGGACUCUAUCCUACGGUGACAUUUGAAAAAACACACUUUCUGACCACCUCUGUGUGCCAGGCACUGUGUUAGUUGUCGUAUAUUAUCACAUUUCAUCACUACGGCCCUGUCAGGUGGCAUCCAUACCCCUGUGGUCCCCGUCUCCAUCCCUGUUCAUUAAUAGUUGAAGAAAUGGGCUGAGAGAAGGGUGGGCCAGGAGCCCCAACGGAAGUGGUGGAGAGUGCUGAGCCGGGGCCAGCAGUGGUGGGAGCCUGAUGGCGGGAGCCCCAUGUUUUCCUCCCCUGCCUUCCAGUUCUCCUGAGCUGAAUACGGGAAGGGGAGGUACUGCCUUCCACAGAGAUCUAGAGAGAUUGUUUUCAAAUCUCUGUGCCCACCCUACCCCAGUGUCAGGCACAUAAACAAAAGCCUGAAACAGCGAGGCUAGACUGCAGGCUGCUGGAUGUUACUUGUCUCUCUGCAGUUGUGUUGUGGAUGAUUUCCAUAUAGCUCAUGCUUUGUCUACUGGCUUUUGGGAAAGGUGGUUGUUUAGUGGAGCACGACAUUGGGAAGCAAAGCUAGAUACAACAAAUUGUGAGGCUGAGAUGUGGCUGCGUCUGUCCUGAUGGGCUGGCUGUCUUACCAUUCGGAAUUGUCACCCUAGAAGAGCUUCUCGGGGCCAUUUCCAAGACCUCAAAGAGAGCCCAGUGCCCAGGGGAUCCAUUACACGUUCUGUGUGGCUUCUGUGCACUGCCAGGUAGGUGGUGACCCUCACAGGUUGUGGCUCAAGUCCUGCCCUGGUAUGGGGUGGGGUGGGAGGACUGUUGUUCUGCAGGAUGUAACAUGAGCCACGCAGGAAUCUAAGCUUCUGUCUUGAGUUCCCACACCCACCCUCUCUGAAAUCCUGCAGUGGACCCUGCUGGCUCAGGCCCCACUUCGUGCCCGUCUCUCCCACCAUGCCUACAGCCCCUUUACUACUUAAGAUCUGAGCAAUAACCCCACUCCCUGAUUACCUUGAAGCUUGGGCUCCAGAAGCACCAGGGAUGGGAGCUUCCCUUAGCCCAGGGUGGUGGCACACAGACCCACCUCCUCUCCCAGCAGGUAGGUUUCACAGUGUGGUGUUACCUGAGAUGAAGGAGAUGCAGGUAAACAGUAGCCACAGUGGCCAGGAACCCGAAGAGGAAGCCAUUAUCUUCACCUGUUCUGGAGGGGCUUUGUCUUCUCCCAGGAAGAAGCUCAGAAAGAUCCUUCUAGGCCUUGAUGUAUCUGCAUUGGAAUGGCCCUUCACUCCUAGUUUCUCAGACACUUCCUGUCCUUCCCCCACCCCACCCCCCACCUUGUUCUCAUGUAGAGUUUUGGCAAGCAGAAAUAUCCCAUCCAAGGGGGCUGGUCCACAGUCAGCCUGAUCAGGGAGCAGGGCAGCUGCCAGCACUACUGCCCCAUCCAUCAUCUGCAGACGGUCGCGUUAUAAGUUGACCCAGAGAGAAUGGGAUGGGGCCUGGCUUCUAGCACAGGGCACAGACGAACCUGAGGCCUGCGACUCCUUCCUGCUACCCUCAGGUGUGAGCUCCUCCAUGGCCUCCGGGUGGCGUGGUGACCCUGGCCUCCUCACUGAGCCUUUCAUUCUUCCCCUACCCGGUCCCAUCCUGCCAGAGCUCAUGCCCAUGCUGGGGCAUUCCCUGGGCACAGACCUACACACUUUAAGCUGUCUCACCUGGGGGAGAGUUAGUAUCCUGUGCACCUGAUCUUGGCACGUUUGUUGGUCACUUUGCUUUAGGAUCUGCACACCUGGUGUGUGCAAGUGUGUGUGUGUGCGUGUGUGUGUGUGUGUGUGCUGUUGUGCCAUCUGUGUACCCCUCUCACCCCCUGGAGUUACACUCAUGCGCACAUUACAGUGGGGACAUCAAGGAUGCAAUAUUUAUGGAUUGCUGCAUGAUUCUUAAAAAUAAAUAAAACUUGACAAGGGAAGGAGA